AUGGAAUCUUAUCUGCUUUCGGGCUUCCUCGGCUUUGUGAUGGUGAAUAUGUUAUUUGCAUGUGGAAGACGACAAGUUACCUUCUCUCGGAACUACAACAUCAUUUGGGGAAACGAUCAUUUUUCCAGCCUCAACGGCGACACUAAAGUCGAACUUACAUUGAAUCAAAGUUCAGGGGCUGGCUUUCAAUCUAAAUCACGUCUUCUAUCUGGAUUAUUCAACAUGAGGAUCAAAAUUCCACAUAGUAAAUCACCAGGAGUUGUUACCUCCUUCUAUCUAACUUCAACGGAAGCCCAACACGAUGAGAUUGACUUUGAGUUCAUUGGUUCCAACGGACCACCUUAUAAAUUGAGUACCAACGUAUUCACAAAAGGAGUUGGGAACCGGGAGCAAAUAUUUCGUCUUUGGUUUGAUCCGUCUACCGAUUUCCAUUCCUAUACGAUUCUUCAGAACCAAUAUCAAGUAGUGUUUUUUGUGGACGACAUACCGCUCAGAGUGUUCAAGAACUUGGGGAACGAAGCGAACUACCCAACACAAGGGAUGCUAGUGGAAGCGACGAUAUGGCACGCUGAGGGGUGGGCCGGGAAGAUCGAUUGGUCCAAGGGCCCGUUUAAAGCCCAAUACCAAGGCUUUGACAUUGAUGGGUGCGUCGUGUCCGACCCUUCGAAUCCAGGGAAAUGCGACUACACUCACGGAGAUGCAUGGGCGCAAAAUCAGACCCUAAACGCAGCUCAAAUAGCGCAAUACCAAAAUGCGAAGCGGAAGUACUUGGAUUACGACUAUUGUACGGAUAAGACUAGACAUCCUCAGACUCCCCCCGAAUGCCAAGCCCCGAUAUGAAUUUGAGUAAAUUCAUAAGCCAUUUGCUGAUUUUGAGUGUUUCAGGAACUCCCAACGGAGAGACUUAUUGUUAUUAUCUUCAUGAGUUUGUUCGUAAAACAAUAGUGCAGUUAUCUCCUUUUCCCGUACUUGCAUGGUCAGUUCUAAAUCAAGGGCAGAAGCGGGAAGUGGACUUCCAUGGAUAGGUUGUUCGGUAUGGUCGAUGGCUUUU